CUGCAGAAAGCUCUCCUUCACACGUUGAGGAGCGUCCUUCCCCGCGUCUCAAUAUGGAUAUGUGGCCGCUGGUGCUCCUGUUUGUUCAGCUCUGCUUCUGCUCCGGGUAUGAAGGGUCAGGACAUUACGCCUAUGGAGACGAUGAGGACUCGCACUCUCGUAGAUAUAAAGGGACACCAUGGUGUGCCCCCAUCAAGCUGAAACAUGGUGAUGUGAGUUGUCGCACACCGAGAGGGGAGCACUACAGGAACGUGAUGGGGACUCGCUGUAAAAUCCGCUGCAAGCAGGGAUACGAGUCUCAGAGUUCAGAGGUGGUGUGUAUGGCCACCAAACACUGGUCAUCAAACUACGCCUGCAGAGAGGUUCGCUGUGCCAAGCCGGACAUGCCUAUUAACGGCGGCUACAAGUGUUCGGAUGGUUCCUACUUCAACUCUCGCUGCGAGUUUUUCUGCUCUCCUGGAUUCAGCAUGAAGGGCCAGAAGACGGCGACCUGCCAGCACACCAAGACGUGGAGUGCUGCAGUCCCCACCUGUGUCGAUAUGGAGCCUCCAAAGAUCAAGUGUCCCAAUCUGAAGGAUAAGUGGGCCGAGCCAGGAAAACUGACAGCGAGGGUGACCUGGGACACACCGGAGGGUGUAGACAGUGCAGAUGGCAUCCUCACAGAUGUUAUCCUGAAAGGAAAACCUUCAAAAUCAAACUUCCCUGAGGGACUCCAUAAGAUGUCCUACACUGUGUUUGACCGAGCGGGGAACAAAGGAUCCUGUCGCUUCACUGUCAGAGUGCGAGUCCGCCGCUGCAGCCCACUGUUUGCCCCCGACAACGGCUAUAUGAAGUGUGACAGCGACAAUGACAACUACGGGGCCUCGUGUGAGUUCACCUGCACAGGCGGCUACGAGCUUCAGGGCAGCGCUGCCAGAGUGUGUCAGUAUGGACUCACCUGGUCCGGCUUGGAUACCAACUGUGCACCCAUGAACAUUAACGUGGGAGUGCGUACAGCUGCUGCACUGCUGGAUCAGUUCUACGAGAAGCGACGGCUCCUCAUUAUCUCGGCGCCAACAGCUGCCAAUCAUAAUUACCGCUUCCAGAUGACCAACCUACAGGUGAGACGCAGCUCCAAAGGAGAGUUUUUAAAAUGUUACUGCAGUGAUUUAGCACGUUUAAGAGCAAGAUUUAUCUCUUCUUCUCUCUCUUUCUCUCUCUCUCUCUUUCUCCUCUCUCUCUCUCUCUCUUUCUCUUUCCAAAUGGUUCUGGUCGACAAACAGGGCAUGGAUAAGCAACGCUACCCGUUCCCGAUCACAGCGGCUGAAUUAUUAACCACCAUCGACACCCUCCCACUCCGCAAGGACGAGAUGUUGCUUCAGCAGGAGGCGGGGCAGACCUGUCAAUCAUAAAAACCUUUACACAGACUCUCAGCCACAUUUCUGCUCAGACCAUCCUUUUUUUUUAUACCCACGACACACACUCCUACCUGAACUCAUGCAGUCCUGUGUCCAGAAGGUGUGUGUGUGCGUCUGUGUGUGCAUGUGUGUGUGCUGUCAAGAUGUCAGUCUUGCACUGGUCUGAAGCGAGCAGAUUUAUCAGAGAUAACUUAAUGAAAUGGGUCAUACAGCAGUUUACAAUCAUAUUGAUUCCUGUGUCUUGUCUGUCUGUAUGUUUUUUAUUAUUAAUAUUUUCAAAGCAGAUUACUAUUUUCUACAAGAGUCUUUUUUUUUUACUGUAUGAACUCCAAACUCUUCACCUGUCUUAUAUUUAUGUCUCACAUCUCAAAUAAUGAUGUAUUCUGACUCUGUGGAAGAAUGUUUUAUAUACGUGACAUGACAGUGAUGCUGCUUCUGUUAACACGCUGCCUGAAUUCACAAAACACUGAUUAAAUGUCUAUCAUGGA